AUGAAGUCCACCUUCGUUACCCCUUCACUGUUCACCUCCGUCCUUGGAGCUGCCUUGGCACCUUCAUUCGACACCAUCACGAUUCCCAUCCCUUCCCAAGGCGAAGAAUUCACCAGCACCGUCACCCCCUGCGGUACGGUCAACGGCUUCGCCGUCGUCGGCGUCCCCAACGGCACUCUCGUCGCGGGCACCACGACCAUCUUCCUGCCCCCACAAGCCUCAGCCAGCUCCGCCACCUUCAUCGACAAAGAGCUGUCCGCAACCCAAGUCAUCGAGCUCGUCCCCCUGCAGGGCUCCUGCGCGCCCUUCGAGCUCCCCACCAACACGGGCGCCUUCACCGACAUCGACCAGCUCACGGCCAUCAGCACGGGCUUCCCCACCGCCACGGCCGCGGCUGACUGCCCGCUCGGCACCAUCGCCUCGACCGUCGACGCCGCGGCACAGGGCGUCAUCGACCUGAUCAACGAGGUGACGCUGCUCUCGCAGAACCUGCAGGCACCGGCCAAGCAGAUCGGCUCGACCUUCGGCAGCGCGCAGGCCGUCCUCCAGGUCGUGAAUGGGCUGGGCAGCGUCGUGGCGGAGCUGACCAAGGGCAUCCCGAAGAUCACGGCGUUGUCGCCGUUCGAGAAGCGGCAGGACAACAACAACAAUGGCGUCAGCCCGGCUGACGACGCGACCGACGCCAUCGUCAUCGCCCUCAUCUCGUUCGUCCGCGUGCACCAGGCCCUGCUCAACAUCGUCAUCGGCCGCCGCGGCUUGCUCAGCAGCAUCCCGUUCGCUGACGCUGACGCCGCGCAGCUUGAUACCAUUGCCCAGGACGCCUCGGCCAAUGCCAACCAGCUGCUGGUGGCUAUGGGGUACCAGCAAGACGCCAGCGGCGCGGUUGUGACUGCUUCUGAGCACGAGCGUCGUGCCGGCCUUGGUGUGGCCAAGGCUGUUGCUGGUGCGUUGAGGUCGGUCGAGGUGGUUGUCGAUUCGCUGGCGUUUGCCCUCAUCGACCUGAUCCCGAGGAGGAAGGAGUGCGCGAAGCAGCAGAAGCUGUCGAUUGACGGGACGCUGAAUGAGGCGAUCGAGGCUUAUGACAACUAA